AUGGACUACUUGAUAGAAAUAAAAGACAAAAGGUCUCAUGAUCCUUUUUUCAACAAAAACAACAAGAUGAUGAAGAGAUGUGUAUACGUUGAGGGACCGGUGAUCAUUGGAGCAGGGCCAUCAGGACUAGCGGCUGCAGCAUGUUUGAAGCAAAAAGGAGUUCCAAGUUUGGUAUUAGAGAGAUCCAAUUGCAUAGCUUCUUUAUGGCAACUCAAAACUUAUGAUCGUCUCUGCCUUCAUUUGUCUAAGCAAUUCUGUGAACUUCCUCUCAUGUCAUUCCCCGAAGAUUUCCCGACUUACCCCACGAAGAACCAGUUUAUUAAGUACUUGGAGCUAUAUGCCAUUACGUUUGAUAUUAGGCCCGUUUUCAAUCAAACGGUUGUAUGUGCUAAUUACGAUCAGAAUCUCGGGUUCUGGAGGGUGAGGACGGACACAACAGAGUAUGUUAGCCGGCAGCUAAUCGUGGCGACGGGGGAGAAUGCAGAGGCAGUGGUACCUGGAAUUGAAGGAAUGGAGCAAUUUGGUGGAAGUAUAAUGCAUGCAAGCUUGUAUAAAAGUGGGGAAAAGUUUAGAGGGAAAAAGGUGUUGGUAGUUGGAUGUGGGAAUUCAGGAAUGGAGGUGUGUUUGGAUCUAUGUAAUCAUGAUGCAAGCCCUUCCCUCGUGGUUAGAAAUACUGUGCAUGUCCUACCACGAGAGAUGCUCGGGAAAUCAACUUUUGGGCUAUCCAUGUGGCUACUGAAGUGGUUGCCCGUGCGACUUGUCGAUCAAUUUCUGUUGAUUACUUCUUGGUUAUUGCUCGGUGACACAGCUCGACUCGGCUUGGUUCGGCCUAAGAUAGGGCCACUAGAGCUAAAAAACUUGUUUGGAAAAACCCCAGUGCUUGACGUUGGGACACUUGCUAAGAUUAAAAGUGGUGAUAUUAAGGUAUGUUCUGGAAUUAGGAGAUUAUUAAAGCAUCACAUGGUGGAAUUUGUGAAUGGGCAAACGGAAGAAUUUGAUGCAAUAAUCAUGGCAACUGGUUACAAAAGCAAUGUGCCAUCGUGGCUAAAAGAAACAGAGAUGUUCUCAGAAGAAGAUGGUCUACCAAAAAGGCCAUUUCCCAAUGGGUGGAAAGGAGAGUGUGGGCUUUAUGCAGUGGGAUUCACCAAACGUGGCUUGCUUGGUGCUUCCAUGGAUGCCAAGAAAAUUGCUGAGGACAUUCAUCAUUAUUUUCAAUGAAAUAUAGGUAUCACUUGAAAAUGUUAAUCCCCUCAAAAAGAAAUUGACAGAAAAAAGAAAAAACACAGUUAUUGUAUUUGGUAAAAAAAAAAAAAGUACUAGUAGCAUUAUCUUCUAUUAAAAUAGUUAAAAACAUCCUUAAAUCUACUUUUGGUUGAUGGGGACAGGCUCCGUUCCAGUACCUCAUAUGUCCAUUUAGUCCAAUCCCAUCUUAAAUAACUCACACGUGUGUCUAUAAUUAUUUAGGAGCCACCCAGAUAAUUGAAAUUGAGUAUAAUUGGGUGUAAUUACACAAUUUGACCUGUUUGUUUGAUCAAGUAAUUACACAGUUAGGUGGGAAUUGAGUGUAAUUGACAGGAUGUAAUUACACUCUCCAAUUCUCAAGGGGGGCUGAGAAUUGGGUGUAAUUACACCAUGUAAUUACAGGGUUUAGUUUGUUUAUUUUUUUUACUUUAAUUUAUUUUUAUUUUUAAUUUAUUUUAUUUCUAUUAUUUUAAUUUUUUGAUUUUUAAUAUUUUUCUAUUUCUAUUAUUUUAAUUUCCUUUUUAUUUUUACUUUUUUAUUAUUUUUAUUUUUUAAAAUGUAUUUUUAUCUUUAUAUUAUUUAUUUUUCAUUUUCUUUCUUUUCAUUCCCAACCUUUACGUCUUGUGAUUCCAUGUAAUUGCUCGUAUUUUUUUAUUUUAUUCAUUUAGCAUAAUCGUGUUAUUAUUCUAAUAUUUGAAACUACUACACCUCUUAAUAUUGGAAAGAAUGAGUUAUUAACAAACUUGACAUAUAACGGGUGACAUUAAAGUAGAAUUUCAUUGUGAAGGGGUUAUAGACUUAUAUUUUUCCUUUCUUUUGAAUUAUUUACUUAAGUUACGUUGGAACUUACUUAUGUAAUAUUGAAAUUUAACAUAAGAGUAUUAUGUUGAACUUUUUCUUUUGGAUUUUGAAUUUAGGUUAUAUUUUCAAUUUUAAAUUAUUUGCUUUCACAUUGCAUGUUGUUUAUUUUUCACUUACAUUUGAUGGAUUUUUUGUGUCAAACAUUUGAAUAAUGUUAUGGCAUUAUAUUUAUUAAUAUUAUUUUUUUUGUCAAACAUCCAAUCCAUGACGUUCUCACAAAAAAAGUCUUCUUUUAAGUUUUAUAAUUAAUUAAAAUUAAAUAUUAAUUUGAAAAAUAUAUAUCAAUUAUUUUUGUUACAAUAUUAGUUAAAAAUAUAUGAUUAUUAAUUAA